GUCUUGUGAUAAAUAGGCAUGUACAAACAGAGACAGAAGGGGGGCGCCACUUCUGACGCUCUUCACGCACUUCAUUUCAUUUCACCAAAAUUUCCAUCGUUCUUAAACCGACGCCCUUCCUCUAAUCUCUCCUUCCUUCUUCCCUCUGUGAGGUUAAACUUACCAUUUUUACUCAAACCAACCCCCGCUACCCAUUUCGAUGGAUUUGCCCCCCGUAAACUCUCAACAACCAACACUCACAUGAUUUUCUUUCCCUAAACCCACUUUUAAACCCUCACCAUGCUUUCUCCUCACUCCUCCUCCUCACUUUCCAUGGCCAAACCCACUCUUCGCCACAAGGCUUCUGCCUGUCUCGCCGACGUUUUCCGCUUCCUCGCCGGCUCAUUCCUCGCCUUUCUUCUCCUCUGGACCCUUUCCUCUUUCCUUACUCCUUCCGCCACUAAUUUUGACUCCUCAAACUCCAAAUUCAACACCCUUCACCCUCCUUCUGAUUCUCCCUCUUCUUCACAAAAUUCCCAAAAUCACCACCCCUCUCUGGCCUACGACCCACCGGACAUCAAUUUCUACGAUGACCCCAAACUCAGCUACUCCAUACAGAAACCCAUGAAGAAUUGGGACGAGAAACGCCGUCAUUGGCUUAAACAGCACCCUUCGUUCGCCGCCGGAGCCGCUGAGAGGGUGCUUCUUCUAACGGCUUCACAGCCGACGCCGUGUCGGAACCCCAUCGGCGACCACUUGCUUCUGAGAUUUUUCAAGAAUAAAGUGGAUUACUGCCGUAUCCAUGGCCACGACAUUUUCUACAACAACGCUCUGCUCCAGCCGGAAAUGUUCUCAUACUGGGCGAAACUCCCGGUGGUUCGAGCAGCGAUGAUAGCUCACCCAGAAGCCGAGUGGAUCUGGUGGGUAGACUCGGACGCGCUGUUCACCGACAUGGAAUUCAAGCUCCCACUAGACCGUUACAAAAACCACAACCUUAUCGUGCACGGCUGGGCCCACUUGAUAUACGAUCGGAAAAGCUGGACGGGAUUGAACGCCGGCGUGUUUCUCAUCAGAAACUGCCAAUGGUCCAUGGACUUCAUGGACGUGUGGGCCAGCAUGGGCCCACAAACACCAAAUUACGAGAAGUGGGGACAAGUAUUGAAAUCGACGAUUCCGGACAAGCUGUUCCCGGAGUCAGACGAUCAAACGGGGCUGGUUUAUUUACUGUACAAGGAGAAAGAGAAAUGGGCGGACAAGAUUUAUUUAGAAGGGGAGUAUUAUUUCGAAGGGUAUUGGGAGGAGAUUGUGAGUACAUUUGAUAACAUCACCGAGAAGUAUACGGAGAUGGAGAGAGGAGGACGGGAGCUGCGGCGGCGGCAUGCGGAGAAGGUGAGCGAGCAAUACGGUGCGUUUAGGGAGAAAUAUUUGAGAGACGCUGGAAAUGGGAAAGGGAGUUGGAGAAGGCCUUUUAUCACACACUUCACGGGGUGUCAGCCUUGCAGUGGGGAUCAUAAUCAGAUGUAUUCUGGUGGAUCUUGUUGGGAUGGGAUGCGCAAUGCUUUGAAUUUUGCUGACAAUCAAGUGCUUAGGAAAUAUGGUUUCGUGCACCCGGAUGCACUGGAUCCCUCCGUUUCUGAACUGCCUUAUGAUUACCCUGCCUAGAUUAUAGAGAAAAAGGAGAGGUACGUAAUUUUGGGUCAAAUUUGGAGUCAUAUUUAUCUGCCAAAUUAAAGAGAAAGCUGAAGUGGGUAUGUGUAAGAUUUAGGGAAAAGAAAAGUGUAAUCUUGUUGGAAUAGUAAUUAUUAAGUGGCUUUUGGAAAAUGUUCUUCUUUGUGUUUGGUUGGUGGUUUUAAUGAAACUUUGAAGUUAUUUUGGGAUGGUGUGUCGGAAUCUUAGAUUCGCACAUCUAUAUAUGCAAUUGUAUAGAAAAAUGGAUUAAAGAAAGAGAGUAGUUUUCGUUCCGUUUGUGAUUAUAAAAGUCUUUGACGUUCAGAAGGUA